AUGUUUGUGUAUCUGCUGCUUUCUACAUGGAGCUACAGGUGUCAGGCUUGCGUUAGAACUUCGCCCACAUUACCUCCGAGGAGUUGCCCAUGUCCUAUGAACCUCUACGAUGUAAAUUUGUGUCCGCCUGUUGGUAUUUGCUACCGGGAUGUAAACGCCGUUACUUACACCCCUGGCUUUCUGUGCACAGCAAUGAUACAUUGCCCACCCGAGUAUUAUGUUCGAUUUCUGCUGAAAACUGGCGGCCACCUUGAUAACUUGCUUGUAAGAGAUGUCGUAUCUUCGCAGUACCGGAUUGAGUGUCGCGGUAAUCAAUGGUUUCUUGUCCAUCCACGCUUUCCCAACGGCCAGGCAAUUAGCAGGCUUAUUUGCUACGACACUCCUAUUUUUCUGAAUCUGAGAGAUAUAUCAAAGACAACUCGCAUUCCUUUGGCGUGUCGGUUGUGUUCAGCCAUCGAAAACACCAAGGAAAACAACCUUUGUCCACCAAACUAUAAAUGCUCGGAGCCGACCAUAAAGACCGUGACGUACUCAAUUGAUUGCAGUAACUCAGUGCUUGAAUGUCCUGGGUCUGAGCUGGUGUUGCAACUAAGGUCUGGCCUGAGCACCAUCGUUUAUACGGAGGAUGUGCGUUGUGACGGGAUGUGGACAUAUUAUGACGGUCAUGAUACGCAUCAGAUCGAGAGCAUGCUUUGCCUUAGCGAAUAA